AUGGCCGGAGGAGCCGCUCGCCCAAUCGCCCAUGACGCCCGCUGCAGGGCCGGGACGAGGCGCCCGCUGCGGGCCAGGGACGAGGAGGCCGCGCCCGCCCCGUCCGCUGCGAGCUCGGCCGCGGCCGCCCGUCCGCUGCGCCUCGGCACGACGCCGGCUUCCCCGCGCGUCGCCAUCCACGACGCCGGCCGCCCCGCGCUCACCUCCCCCGAGCCACGCGAGGGCUCGCGCGCCUCGCCAUGGCCGCGCCGUUGCGGGCUCGCCGCGCCGCGCAGCGCCGUCGCCGGCCUCGCCAUGCCGCGCAUGGGCUCGCGCCGGGCUCGCCGCCGCCGGCUGCGCCAUCGCCGGCGUCGCCACGCACGCGCUGUCGCCGGCCUCGCCCGCCACGCGAGGGCUCGCGCCGCGCCACGCCAUGCCGCCGCGGGCGCCGACCGCACGGGCACGGGGCUGGCCGCGCCUCGCCUCGCCAACGCCACGCGGGGCCGGGGCCGGCCGCGCUACGCCACCGCGGGCGCCGGUCGCGCGGGCACGGGGCUGGCCGCGUCUCGCCUCGCCCCGUCGCCGGCCUCGCCACGCCGCGCGAGGGGCUCGCGCCUUGCCGCGCCUCGGGCGCCGCCGUCGCAGGCCCGCGCCAUCUCGCGCUCGCGGCUGCGGGGGAGGGCAGGGGAGGGGAGCGGGGCACGGCCGGACGCCUGCGCCUGGACGCCGCGCCGCGCCCGCGGGGUGAUGACCCACAAAUGCGCUGACAUCGACAUUGCAGCCAGGCCGUCGAUGCGUACCGGAGAAGCAGUGGAGUACAACUACUGUGCCGCACAUGUUCCGCCGUUCACGGCGGCAGCCGCACGGACCUGCAGCUGGCCACCUCGCCGGACACGACGGUUGCAGCAUGGGCUGGAGCUGGACCCGUCGCGUCCACGUCAGGUGGCGACCGAACAGAUCGACGGACCUCUCGCUCGUAUCCAUCCUGGUCCAGGCCGCCCCUACAAGAUCCUGCCGACUGCCGCGCGCGCGGCGCCGUUGGCACGCGUCCAUCCGUCCGUCGCCGUCGCUGCCGUGGAUCACGUGAACGCGAUGCCCAUCAUCGCCUGGAGCAGUGGUCCGCCGCAACUGGGCCUGGUCGCCGACGGAGCCAGUUGUGCGGCGCGACAAAUUCCUCCGCGCGCUAGCUUCCCAGGACCAGCACCAACGACAUCAAGUGGGGUUGCCGUCGGCACGAGUACGGCGUACAAACAGCUGAUCUCCCUUUCUGACGCGGACAUCCGUCUUUACAGUUCCGUGGCCGAUCACGGGCGCCGGGACAGCUCCGUUAGCUCUCCACCACGGUCAAAACGUGCGCACUCUGAUUAG